CGCAGCAGCAGGUGAAAAUCCGAGGCAUUUAUGACCCUCCGGCAUCCCCUUCCGCCUAUAAAUCCGCCCCCGCAUUGAUUGCCCACGUCCCGUCUUGCUGCUCUCCUUGUCUGUGUCGCCAAUCGCCCAGUCUCCACUCUCGCUGCCUACUACUCCUCCUACCCCGGUGGUGGAUACGUCGGUCGAUCUAGUCGACGGCGGGCGCGUCCAUUUCGUCGUCGGUUGUGGUGCGCCGGCGCCAUGGGGAGGACGCCCUGCUGCGAGAGCAGGCAGGGGCUCAAGAAAGGGCCGUGGACGCCGGAGGAGGACAAGCUCCUCGUCGACUACGUCCAGGCCAACGCCCCCGGCAACUGGCGCAUGCUCCCCAAGCUCGCCGGGUUGAACCGGUGCGGCAAGAGCUGCCGGCUGCGGUGGACGAACUACCUCCGGCCGGACAUCAAGCGCGGGCCCUUCACCCCCGAGGAGCACAAGUCCAUCCUCCAGCUCCACGCCAUUGUCGGCAACAAGUGGUCCAUGAUCGCGGCGCAGCUGCCGGGCCGGACGGACAACGAGAUCAAGAACUACUGGAACACCAACCUCAAGAAGCAGCUCCGCCAGGCGGCGCUCGUCGGCGAGCAGCACCCCGCCCUGGCCAGCCCAGGCGCCUCUGUCGGCGCCGGCUGCCUCGCCGCGCGCCACACGGCCCAGUGGGAGACCGCCCGCCUCGAGGCCGAGGCGCGCCUCUCCAUGCUCUCCACCUCCGCCGCGACCACCAGCGUGACUGCCUCCUCGUCCUCCUCCACCGCCGCGGCCGGGGGCGAGCACGGGGCCGACGCGCCGUCCGACGUCUUCCUGCGCCUCUGGAACUCCGAGGUCGGGGACACAUUCCGCCGCAAGUCGGCGGGCUCGGCACCGCGCGAAGGGUCGGCGCCACGUGAAGGGGCGCAGCCAGCAGCGGCACCGUUGCCCCCGCCCGGGGACGACUCGUCGGCAGCGUCCAACGUGACGACGGCCGUGACGGCGGAGGAGUACCAGGUGUUCCUGGACAUGGCGGCCGAGGAGCUGGGCCUGUUCCACGGCGGGUUCUCGCUGUACCCGCCGGCGGACGGCCUGUUCGCCGAGUUCCAGUGAGGCUAAGCUAGAGGUUUGUAGCUCGCCUAGCUAGCAAAGCUAGGGGUUUCGUAGCUAGCUAACGUAACGUACGAAGCGCACUAUGCAUGCGUCCGCGUACGUACAUACGUGUGUGUGUGGUGCACAUGACUGUGCAGGUGUCCAUGUCGUGUGUUGCCGUGGCGUGUGUACGUAUAUGUACCGUGCAGUGUAGCAAAUGUGCGCGUCAGUGUGUACGACUGUACGUGGGUGAUGGCAGGGUUCUCUAGGGCAAGUGUUUUUUAUUCGACUGCUCUAGCUAGCCAGGAGUCUAGGACAGGACACGGCAGGACGUCUGCCGAUGCUUGCCGUGGACUUCUCGAGCCCUCUUUGGUUUAUUGUGUUUGUGUACGUUUGCUUACUUUUCAAGUGGUGUUAAAUCUUCAAGGGUA